AGAACAGAACUGGAAAGCAGGUAGAACUGUUGCUGUAGAUUUCUUUCUCUCUUGACAGAAUUUGGAGAGAUUCUUAAUUCUCUGUAACUGUUGUGUUUUGAACGGCUUUCUGGAAUUUUUGCUGAGCUGGCUUUGAAGCCAUGUUUUGGAGCGGACGGUUCUGGAGACGGGCCUUGGUGCUGCAGCUGUACCUCCUGCUUCGGACUUCGCAGACGUGGGCUGGCACCGAAGCCUCGGCUCCCCCUCCCAUCACAGCAGCCUCCUUCCUACAGGACCUUUUCCUCCGUUACGGUGAAGAGGACACGCUCAGCCUGCAGCAGUUGAAAUCUCUGUUGGGGCACCUGCAUGUGGGCGUCGAACGGCACAAUGUCAGUCACACGCAGCGGCAGCCGCCACAUCACUGGAACAUCUCCAAGUGCUUCAGUUCUUCAGAACUCUUCGCCACCCACAAUCUGAGCGAAUCGUCCCAUCUUGGGCAGAGGGAGUUCAAAGAAUUCUGCCCGACUAUCUUGCAGCAGCUGGAAUCAAGGGCAUGCCUGCCAGAGAACCUGGAGGAGGAGGAAGAGGAAGGGAUGAAGGAAGGGAAGCCAAGCUCCACAGAAGUGUGGGGGUUUGGUUUCCUCAGUGUUACACUGAUUAACCUUGCCUCCCUCCUUGGAGUCUUCAUCGUGCCCUGUACUGAGAAGGUCUUUUUCACACGCAUCCUAACUUAUUUCAUCGCGCUCUCCAUCGGGACCCUGUUCUCUAACGCCCUGUUCCAGCUGAUCCCAGAGGCCUUUGGCUUCAAUCCACAGAAAGAUGACUAUGUCUCCAAAUCUGCGGUUGUCUUUGGGGGAUUUUAUCUCUUUUUUUUCACUGAGAAAAUACUGAAGAUGCUCCUGAAACAGAAGGAUCAGCACCUUCAUGGACACAGCCAUUACAGCAGCGAGUCCCUCCCUUCUAAGAAGGACCAGGAAGAAGGUGUGACUGAGAAGCUGCAGAAUGGAGACCUAGAUCAUAUGAUCCCUAAUAAGGGCAGCGAUUUGGAAUGCAAGAAUCCCGCGGCUGAUCAGAAGGUUGUUAGCACCUUGUCUGUUCAGGACCUCCAAGCAUCUCAAAGCAUGUGCUAUUGGUUGAAAGGGGUGCGUUACUCAGACAUCGGCACUCUGGCUUGGAUGAUAACCUUGAGUGACGGCCUUCACAAUUUCAUUGAUGGGCUGGCUAUUGGCGCCUCCUUCACCGUCUCGGUUUUUCAAGGCAUCAGCACCUCGGUGGCCAUUCUUUGCGAAGAAUUCCCGCAUGAGCUAGGAGAUUUUGUCAUUCUGCUGAAUUCUGGGAUGACAAUCCAGCAAGCCCUUUUCUUCAACUUCCUCUCCGCUUGCUGUUGCUACCUGGGCCUGGGCUUUGGAAUAUUGGCCGGCAGCCACUUCUCAGCCAACUGGAUCUUCGCUCUAGCAGGCGGGAUGUUUCUCUACAUUGCAUUGGCUGACAUGUUCCCAGAGAUGAAUGAAGUCAGCAAAGAAGACGAAAGGAGUGGAAGUGCUUUGAUUGCAUUUGCGAUUCAGAACGCUGGACUGCUGACGGGAUUCACUAUCAUGGUGUUGCUCACUAUGUUCUCGGGAGAAAUCCAGCUCGGGUAGAGGCUGGAAAACUCCAGGUCUGUGGACUCUGCUAAGCACAGUUUAUUUUUUAUUUAUUUUUUUUUUGUCAAGGAUUUCAGGAAGGGGCAUGUUUAUUCAGCCUGCUUCUUAGAUUUCUUAUUGGACUGACAACCUGCACAGGCUGACAACUUUUCUCUCUAGCAAUUAAACGACUGGGGGAAUCAUUUCUUAAAGUUACAACAGCAUUUGUCUCUCCUUCCUACCCUUUUCUCUCUCUUUUUCCCCCCCAUAUUUGGAUGGAAUCGGUGAAGAAAGGCUUCUAAUUUCCUGAUGUUGCAUUAUUCUUGCUUCCUUCCCAGGCACAAGUAGCUUGGUGCAUAUCCCUUUUAAAGCUACAAAAAUACCAGCAAAUUGGCUAGCAGGAUGCCUUCCCCCCACUUCCACACCCCGAUUACUAAGGACAGUAAUGUUUUAAAUUUUAAGCUCUGCAUCAGUUUUGGGUCAGUUAAUUGGUUGGUUGGAGUCACUCCAAAUUUUAGAAAAUUAGGUGGCUUCAGGGGGUGGGGGAAAUCAGAACUAAAAAUUACAGCAGGUUAGAGAACUGUUUGGGGGAAAUUGGCCUUAAGCAUGGGUUAGACUAGAAAAUCGCUGUGGUCUCUUCCACUCUGCUAAAUUACAUUUUUGUGUGAGAAAGGAAAAGUGCUUUUUGUGACCUGUGCACCGUCCAAACAUGAAAGAACAUGUUAUAUUGAAAACUCGUACCAAUGAAUGCAGUGAGCUCUAGUUUACGUAGGAAUGUAUGUGGGGACAACUUGACUUAAAAUUCCUUUAUUCAAAUGGCAUCGUUAUAUAUUUCGGACUCCCAAGAAAAAAAAAAAAGAAAAAAGACCAUCCUGGAAGACACAUUUUGACGUCCUUUUGGUGCCCUCUUUCCCCUCUUGUUUUCAAAAGGGAUAUCUUUUUCAGCCCUUCCGUUAACAUCUCCUCCUUUAAUUUCCUUCAAAAGAUUCGCCCGCAGGCUGGCCCACGCAGCUGCUAUUUUGCAAGUUGAUUUUGUGUAGGAUAAAUCUGGCCAGUGUGGAGUCUAUUUAUAUCUGGAAAGAAAUGAUGUAUGAAGUAGUUGGACUGCAUCCUCUGGCUGGUGUGAAGAUAUUGGGAUUGUUUAUGGAAAUGAAGCCUAAAUUUGAAGAAUUUGCUGGAGAGAUUUAUUGCAGGGUUAAAUUUCCCAGAGUCACUAGGUGAACUGAUGUAUUAUCAUAUUGAUAAGAUCAAGCCUGUCAGCUUAAGUGUGUAGCACAUUAUUCACAUCUCACACACCCUCUUUAAACAUUUAAAACGGUUACGCUUAUAUCAGCAAAAGGAAACUCAGUUCUUUUCAGUACAGCUAGGGAAAGUACCCUUUUAAGCCAAACUUUUGCAGAUGAAUAAUUCUGUUCUAUUUUACGCAUAAGUUGUACCGAUUCCCCUUUUCUCUGGAGCAUCAGAUUGAGACUUCAGUGUGGAAGUAGCAAAUUCCAAAGGCAUUUCUUUAUUCUUUGCAAUUCGAGUGGGAUCCACUAAGACGUUCUUUUGCAAAAUCAGAUUUGAUUUGUUCAGAAGCACUCAGCAGUCUGUGACGCUUCCUUCUCUCUCAUAGAUUGUGUGAAAACCCUGAUGGUUGCAUCAAAUUGGGGUCCACAUCUGCCUGACAUGAAUUAGUUUAUUUUCUCUUCAAUAAAUUGUAACUGAAAAGUAUGUAGUACUUCAGGAUGAUCCGUGUAAAUUGACAUUGGCAGCUAUGAUUGAGUUAACUGUAUGGCAGAUCGAUCUUUUCCUCAUUGGUUCAAGAUAAGAACCAAGUGGAAAACUGUCCAGGGAAAACUAAUUUAUACCUUCUAAGCCUUAGAGAGGUCCCCAACCUUGGCAACUUUAAGAUUUGUGGGCUUCAACUCCCGGAAUUCUGGGAGUUGGUCCACAAGUCUUAAAGUUGCCAAGUUUGGGGACCCCUGUUCUAAGCCUACUGAAAAUUCAACUGGUGGCUGUCACAGUCUUCAUGUUGCUUCUUAAGGGCCAUGCUUAGAGAUGCCAUGCCUAUAAUUUCAAAUUAUACACAAGUCUUCUUAAAAAAGAAGAAAUGAAGGAGGCCCAUUGGAGCAACAGUGGAAGGCAAAGCUAAACUUAACUGCAGGUCACCAACUCAUCCAUACCACUCGCUCACCACUUUAUAAAAGACUAUACAUGCCACUGUGGCUAACUGGGUGUUUUGCUCAAUUUUGGCUCUUGAAUGGUUGAUUGCUCAGAUAAGAGGACUCAGUCCCUCUGAGAUGGCUUGCAAUGCAAACCCCUAUGAAAUAUAAUGACGAUAGCAGGCUUUCGGCCUCCAGUUUAAUGCAACUGGGGUUUCAAAAUGCAAUACAUUCAAAUGGCUGUGCAGGCCUUUUUUUUAAUCCAAAUGUAACCUCCUGAUCAAAUCUACUGUUUUAGCCUGUCCUGUAAAAAAAAAAAGGCAGUAUUUAAGCAGGCCUAGGAAUUUGAGAUCCUUAGGUGAGAUGCAUAAAAGUGAAAUGCCCCCAAAGAGGCAUCUGAGUUUCCUCACUAAACUAUGUAAUAAAGUGCUAUGUUUACCUUUAGAGAGGCCCCUCGUAGCAUUGAUCAUCUUUCAUUUGAUCUAAUAGGGCUACAGUAAACAGAAACUGCCAGGUUUACUACUACUCUGCAUGACCCUAGUUGCCAUUUUGAGUAGAGAAGCUGAAUAUGCUGCUUGAUUGUCUGUCAGAAAUAGUAUAGGGUCUCCUGCUUGGGUGGGUUGGACUAGAUGACCUAUAAGGUCCCUUCCAACUCUAUCAAUCUGUUAAAUCAAAUCAUCGUUGUUCCCUUGAUCCAGUCCACAUUGUUGAGAGCCACCCGCUUCACUCCAUCCAAUAAUAGUUUUCUCACUUAUUCCCAUAUUGUCGUUCCUAAAGCAUCUUAUCUAUAUUCUGGUAGGACACAUGUUAUACCUCUGCUUAACAGGACGCCCUGAUUCCCAGUUUGUCCAAUUGAAGGCACUGGGGUUGACCUUUAAAGCCCUACAUGGCAUGGGGCCACCUCUUCUCAAUUCCAUCUUGUCUGUCCCACCAGAUGCAGCUGAGAGGGCAUUUACAGAGGUUCCGUUGCCUUGGGAACUACAUUUGGCAGGCCCCAGGCCAGAGCCAACUUUAGGACCUGGGGACUUCAACUCCCAGAAUUCUCCAGCCAGCCCAUGGCUUGGAGCUGAAGUCCACGAUUCUUAAAGUUGCUCAGGUUAGAUACCCCUGCCUUAGGCGGUGAACCUUUUCUGCUGUGGCACAUAGAUUGCGGCAUAUUGUCCAUCUUGGCAUGAGGUUGGCUCCAUAUUUCUGAGCUUCCAAUGUUCCCUCAAGACCUGGUGGUCAGGAGACCAGUGAGUUAGUGAGGCAGAAUAACACGAAUAAUCCGUUAUCAUUAAUAUCCCUUUGCCUACUACUUCUUCGCUUCGUUGUUAGAAUUUUUAAUAAUGAAAAUUGUUUUAGGUAUUUAGUUUUGUUGUACUGACAGAGUCACUUGUUUCGUGACACGAGAAGCUAUAUAAAUUAACAAAUAAAUAAUAGUCCAUAUAGAACAGGAGGUCCCCAAACUUGGAAACUUUAAGACUUCUGAACUUCAACUCCCAGAAUUCUCCAGCUAUGCUGUCUGGAGAAUUCUGGGAGUUGAAGUCCACAAGUCUUAAAGUUGCCAAGUUUGGGGACCUCUGAUAUAGAAAAAGCUUUUAAACAUAACUGGGACCGAAUAAGCCUUAGCUGGAGAUCCCUCAUUUCGCUCUUCUAAUGCUGUAACUUUAGCUAGUUUCGUCCUCUGCAUGUUACUAAUAUAUCAAAAUGAGUCUUCUUUACUCCCCAAAAGGCCAAAACUGAAUACUCUAGUCUUGUACAGUGGGGUUUUAUUUUUCACUUGAAAGUAGAUUGAUAAUUCUUACAGCAUCACUUCCUAACUUCUGCGUAGGAAUUAGCUGCUUUGAAGGCAUCAAUCUUUCCCAGAAUUAUAAGAAGGUGGUGAAUCUCUAGCUAAGAGCAAAGUGGCUGCAGCUGCUCUGAAUUCUGACAUAGCCAGAUCAAUGUCUACAUGUCGAAAUUAUUUGAAGAUAAAAACCCGGUAUUUAAAUAGGGGAGAUACCUGUUGUCUUUUCCACUAGCUUCACUAGACAUGUACAAAUUCCUAGAAUAAGUAGUAUCUAGCUAUUCAAUACAAUUACUUAAA